UGGGUGCUCUGAGGGAAAGUUCGAGGCUCCGCCUGUGAGGAGGUUAUGUGGGGUCUUGUCGCACUGUGCGUGUCUGAGCGGUUCUCCGGGGGCGGCGUGCUCACACGUGAGAGGGUGCUCUCGUGGGCCCGCGGCGAAAGCGUUGUGCUCUGAGGAAGCCCCGGGCUGGGGCUUGUGGGUCGUAAUUGGUCCUGGCCUUGUUGGAGCUGGUCGCAAUUGCGGUAUUUGGUGAAGUGAGAGUGAUGUUAUCUGCUCAGGGUGGGGAAAAAAAAUAGCUGAGGUAAACAUCUGCCGAAGGUAUUACUCGGUAGAAGGAUCUCAGUCUUGGGAGGCUUCCUGCUGUGAUCUCUGCUCCGCUUGGAGCUGUGGCUGUCAGGAGGCAGCAUCACAGCUUGGUGCCUGUGUGCUGGGUGGCACAGCUCUGUGCCAAGAACUGCAGUUUGGGGGUAUUCUCACUCAGGUGCUACAGUGCAUCUGUUUAGUUCUUCUUCUGAAGUCCUGUUGUUGGUUGUACACCUAGCUGCAAAUCAUAAAAUCAUAGGAUUGUUACAGUUAGAAAAGAUCUCUAAAACAGUCUAGUCCAAUUGUCAACCCAGCCCCACCAUGCCCACUGAGCCUUGCGCCCCAGUGUCGCAUCUCCACAUUUCCUGAAUACCUUCAGAGACAGUGGGUCCACCACCUCCCUGGGCAGUUUCUUAAUGUCCUGCUGUUGGCUCCCUGUUACCGACUGUUAAUUAAUUUAUUUUUUUCCAGUGUGAGAAACUAUAGUAGGCGUUAAAUGAUAUCAGUAGAUGAGCUUUUUAAUUGUGAUGGUUUGAAAAAUUUCAGAAAUUUGAAAUACAAAAAGAAGCUUGUGCAAGUGUUGAAGGAAACUGAAAUCAACACGUGUCAAAUAGUUGUUGAUUUUCUCAGUAUCUGCUAUUCGUUUAUUUUUCUUGGCCCUUAGAUAUUUUCAUUCACACACUGAUGCUUAAAGGAGGGCCGUGUGGCCAGGAACUGGAAAGAGCACUGUCCCCUUCAAUUACAGGAGCUCUGGAUGAGUCCUGAAAUCCACAGCCCCCGAGAUUGAUUCUUGUAUGGGAACUGCUGAGUCACGGCCUGAACCUCUGAGCAUCUGAGGCGAGCCAUGAGUCAGCCAGAGGAGCACAGGUGAAGGCAAUUCACCUGUGCUGCCGGAAGGGGUGGAGCCAGGCUGCACCUCUCCUAGACCUAUUUAAGAGCUGGCUACCAGUGGGGAAGGAUCUCUUCUGGAGAUCCCUCCUUCUGGUGCUUUCUGUAGGUGAGCCUAGUAUACAGGUACAAAAACUGCUCUGUAUGUGUCCAGUGGAUUUCCAUGGAAUUUUUCAGCUUGAUGAACGUCGCAGAGAUGCUGUGAUUGCUCUGGGAAUCUUCCUAAUUGAAUCUGAUCUUCAGCAUAAAGAUAAUGUGGUUCCUUACCUCCUUCGGCUUUUAAAGGGACUUCCCAAGGUCCAAUGGAUAGAAGAAAGCAGUGCACGGAAAGGCAGGGGCUUGCUUCCAGUUGCAGAAAACUUCAGCUUCUGCUUGGUAACGUUGUUAUCAGACGUUGCUUACAGGGAUGCCUCCCUCAGAGAACAGAUUUUGGAUGCAGUUCUGCAAGUAAUGCAGUUUCUGCUGGGAAUGUGUCAGACUCCACAAAUGCAUGAUAAAGAAUAUUUAUGCAAGUAUGCAGUGCCAUGCUUGAUAGGAAUUUCUCGAGCCUUUGGUCGCUACAGCAAUUCAGAGGAGGCUCUCCUUUCAAAGCUUUUUCCAAAAAUUCCCCCACAUUCCCUGAGAGUUCCAGAAGAGCUUGAAGGAAUUCGACGACGAUCCUUUAAUGAUUUCAGAUCCAUUCUUCCAAGUUCUCUACUCAUGGUUUGCCAAGAAGGAACACUGAAGAGAAAGGCUAGCAGUGUGUCUAGCAUCUCACAGGUUAGUCCUGAACGUGGAAUUCCCCCACCUAGUUCUCCUGGAGGAUCUACAGUUCAUUACUUUGAAGGUUCUUAUCUUCCUGAUGGUAGUGCACUGGAUCCUGAUUAUUACUUCACUACCAUCAGCUCCAGUUUUUCAGUUUCUCCUCUCUUUAAUGGCAUUAACAAUAAAGAAUUUAAUAUCCCAUUGGAAAUGCUCCGUCAGCUCUUGAAUAUGGUAAAACAGAUUGUUGAGGAUUCUCUGCUGAAGACCUUAGAUGCGGUUGUAGCUGAAGUUGCAGAGAUGGGCACUAAUACAGAUCUCUAUUAUAAAACAUUCAGUGAUCCUCUUUAUCUUGCUCAGUUCAAAAUGCUGAGAGACACAUUAUAUUACAUGAAAGACCUUCCCAACUUGUUUGUAAAGGAAAUCCAUGAUUUUGUGCUAGAACAAUUCAACAGCAGCCAAUCAGAACUUCAGAAAAUCCUUCAUGAUGUUGAUCGACUGCACAAUGAACUGAGUCCCCUAAAACUGCGCUGUCAAGCUAAUGCUGCCUGUGUGGAUCUCAUGGUGUGGGCUGUGAAAGAUGAGCAAGGUGCAGAAAACCUGUGCAUCAAGUUAUCAGAGAAGCUGCAGUCAAAAACUUCCAGCAAAGUCAUCAUUGCUCAUUUACCAUUGCUAAUUUGCUGUUUGCAGGGUCUAGGUCGUUUAUGUGAGAGAUUCCCUGUUGUGGUUCAUUCUGUCAAUCCAUCUUUGAGAGACUUCCUUGUGAUUCCUUCCCCAGUGCUUGUGAAACUUUACAAGUAUCAUAGCCAGUAUCACACAGGUGCUAAUGACAUCAAGAUUAGUGUAACCAAUGAGCAUUCGGAGUCCACUCUAAAUGUAAUGCCUGGCAAGAAAAGUCAGCCAUCCAUGUAUGAACAACUUCGUGACAUUGCCAUAGAUAAUAUCUGCAGGUGCUUGAAAGCUGGCUUGACUAUAGAUUCAGUGAUUGUUGAAGCCUUUCUUGCCAGUUUGUCUAACCGUCUGUACAUCUCGCAAGAGAGUGAUAAGGAAGCUCAUUUGAUUCCUGACCACACAAUUCGUGCUCUUGGGCACAUUGCAGUGGCACUGAGGGACACACCGAAAAUGAUGGAACCCAUCCUACAGAUCUUACAGCAGAAGUUCUGCCAGCCACCUUCUAAUCUUGAUGUACUCAUCAUUGACCAGCUAGGCUGCUUGGUCAUCACUGGAAAUCAAUACAUAUAUCAAGAGGUGUGGAAUCUGUUUCAGCAAAUCAGUGUUAAAGCAAGUUCAGUUGUUUACUCUGCCACAAAAGAUUAUAAGGAUCAUGGAUACAGACACUGUUCCUUAGCAGUCAUUAAUGCCCUAGCUAACAUUGCUGCUAACAUUCAAGGAGAGCACCUUGUGGAUGAACUGCUGAUGAACUUGCUGGAACUGUUUGUUCAGCUUGGGCUAGAAGGAAAGAGGGCUAGUGAGAGAGCAAGUGAAAAAGGUCCAGCACUGAAAGCUUCCAGUAGCGCAGGGAAUCUUGGUGUGCUCAUUCCUGUUAUUGCUGUGCUCACUCGACGCUUGCCACCCAUUAAGGAAGCCAAGCCCAGAUUGCAAAAGCUGUUCCGUGACUUCUGGUUGUAUUCAGUGCUCAUGGGAUUUGCUGUGGAAGGAUCAGGUCUCUGGCCAGAGGAAUGGUAUGAGGGUGUAUGUGAAAUUGCCACCAAGUCUCCAUUACUCACAUUUCCUAGCAAAGAACCACUCAGAUCUGUUCUUCAGUACAAUUCUGCCAUGAAGAAUGAUACUGUGACUUCUGCUGAAUUAAACGAACUGCGGAGUACCAUAAUAAAUCUCUUGGAUCCUCCUCCAGAAGUGUCAGCUUUGAUCAAUAAGUUGGACUUUGCCAUGUCUACUUAUCUCCUUUCUGUUUACCGUCUGGAGUACAUGAGGGUACUGCGUUCAACUGAUCAAGAUCGCUUCCAAGUCAUGUUUUGCUAUUUUGAGGAUAAAGCAAUUCAAAAAGACAAAUCUGGAAUGAUGCAGUGUGUAAUAGCUGUUGCUGAUAAGGUGUUUGAAGCUUUCCUGACAAUGAUGGCUGAUAAACCUAAAACCAAGGAGAAUGAAGAAGAGCUGGAGCGACACGCACAGUUCUUACUGGUGAAUUUUAACCACAUUCACAAGAGGAUCAGGAGAGUUGCAGACAAGUACUUAUCUGGUCUGGUAGACAAAUUUCCUCACUUGCUGUGGAGCGGAACUGUGCUGAAGACUAUGCUUGACAUUCUGCAGACGUUAUCACUGUCUCUUAGUGCAGAUAUUCACAAGGACCAACCAUACUACGACAUUCCUGAUGCUCCAUAUAGAAUAACUGUCCCUGACACGCAUGAAGCCAGAGAGAGUAUAGUCAAAGACUUUGCUGCACGCUGUGGGAUGAUUCUGCAAGAGGCAAUGAAGUGGGCUCCUUCUGUUACAAAAUCUCAUCUACAGGAGUACCUAAACAAACAUCAGAACUGGGUAUCAGGAUUGUCCCAGCACACAGGACUGGCUAUGGCUACAGAAAGUGUUCUUCACUUUGCUGGGUACAACAGAGAAAACACCACUUUGGGCGCAACUCAGCUAACUGAAAGACCUACUUGUGUGAAGAAGGACUAUUCCAACUUCAUGGCUUCUCUUAAUUUGCGUAACCGCUAUGCAGGGGAGGUGUCUGGAAUGAUUCAGUUCUCAAAUGCUACAGGACGAACAUCUGACCUGAAUAAACUGAUGGUCAAAGAGCUGAACAAUGCUCUUGAAUCAGGCCAGACUGAAUUCUACACGCAGGCCAUGUUUAAGUUGACUGCGCUAUUAAUAAGCAGCAAAGACUGUGAUCCCCAGCUUCUUCAUCAUCUGUGCUGGGGACCUUUGCAAAUGUUCAACGAACAUGGUAUGGAAACAGCAAUUGCUUGCUGGGAGUGGCUGCUUGCUGCCAAGAAUGGAAUAGAAGUGCCGUUCAUGCGGGAAAUGGCAGGAGCCUGGCAAAUGACAGUAGAGCAGAAAGUUGGCUUGUUUUCUGCUGAGCAGAAAGAAGCAGAUCCAUUAGCAGCUUCAGAGGAAAGCCAGCCAAGACCUUGUCCGCCAGAAGUCACUCCACAUUACAUCUGGAUAGAGUUUCUGGUGCAGAGAUUUGAAAUAGCCAAGUACUGCAGUUCUGACCAAAUAGAGAUCUUCUCCAGCCUGCUCCAGCGAUCUCUUUCCUUGAACAUUGGAGGGGCAAAGGGCAGUUUGAAUCGGCAUGUGGCAGCAAUUGGACCCCGUUUCAAGUUGCUGACAUUGGGGUUGUCUUUGCUGCAUGCUGAUGUGGUUCCAAAUGCAACUAUUCGAAAUGUUUUGAGAGAGAAGAUUUAUUCAACUGCCUUUGAUUAUUUCAGUUGGCCAUCGAAGUUCCCUACGCAGGGGGAAAAGAGGCUUCGUGAGGACAUCAGCAUAUUGAUCAAGUUUUGGACAGCGAUGUUCUCAGACAAAAAGUAUCUCACAGCAAGCCAACUUGUGCCACCUGAUAAUCAAGACACCAGGAGCAACCUGGACAUCAAUGUUGGGUCUCGGCAGCAGGCUACGCAAGGAUGGAUAAAUACCUACCCUCUGUCCAGUGGCAUGUCAACCAUAUCUAAAAAAUCAGGAAUGUCUAAGAAGACUAACAGAGGUACGCAGCUACACAAGUACUACAUGAAGCGAAGGACAUUACUGCUCUCGUUGCUGGCUACUGAAAUUGAACGCUUAAUCACAUGGUACAAUCCACUCUCCUCCCCUGAAUUAGAGCUGGAUCAAACUGGGGAGAGCAGUGUGGCAAACUGGAGAUCGAAGUAUAUCAGUCUUAGUGAGAAGCAAUGGAAAGAUAAUGUGAAUCUAGCUUGGAGCAUCUCUCCUCACCUUGCUGUACAGCUGCCUACCCGAUUUAAGAACACUGAAGCUAUUGGAACAGAAGUAACUCGUCUGGUUCGGUUGGACCCAGGAGCUGUUAGUGAUGUUCCUGAAGCAAUAAAGUACUUGGUUACCUGGCAUACAAUUGAUGCUGAUGCACCUGAGCUCAGUCAUGUUCUGUGCUGGGCACCAACAGAUCCACCAACUGGCCUUUCCUAUUUUUCAAGCAUGUAUCCACCUCAUCCUCUAACAGCUCAGUAUGGGGUUAAAGUCCUGCGGUCUUUUCCUCCGGAUGCCAUUUUAUUCUACAUUCCACAGAUUGUGCAGGCACUGCGGUAUGAUAAGAUGGGUUAUGUUAGAGAGUACAUCUUGUGGGCAGCCGCCAAAUCCCAGCUCUUGGCUCACCAAUUCAUCUGGAACAUGAAAACCAAUAUCUACCUGGAUGAAGAAGGACACCAAAAAGAUCCUGACAUUGGGGAACUUCUAGAGCAGCUAGUAGAGGAGAUAACUGGCUCAUUAUCUGGCCCAGCCAAGGAAUUCUACCAGCGGGAAUUUGAUUUCUUUAAUAAAAUCACUAAUGUUUCAGCCAUUAUCAAGCCAUUUCCUAAAGGAGAUGAAAGAAAAAAAGCUUGUUUGAGUGCUCUGUCUGAGGUGAAAGUGCAGCCUGGCUGCUACCUGCCCAGCAAUCCUGAAGCUAUUGUUCUGGACAUUGAUUACAAAUCAGGGACCCCUAUGCAGAGUGCAGCAAAAGCACCCUACCUGGCCAAAUUUAAAGUGAAACGAUGUGGAGUUAGCGAGCUUGAAAAAGAAGGUCUGCGAUGUCGUUCUGAUUCCAUCGAUGAAAGUGCAGAAGAAGGAGUGGACAGUAAGAAAAUCUGUUGGCAAGCAGCUAUCUUCAAAGUGGGUGAUGACUGCAGACAGGACAUGUUAGCUUUACAAAUCAUUGAUCUCUUCAAGAAUAUAUUUCAGCUGGUAGGCUUGGAUCUUUUUGUGUUUCCAUAUAGAGUGGUGGCCACAGCUCCUGGGUGUGGUGUUAUUGAAUGCAUUCCUGACUGUACGUCCCGUGACCAGCUGGGCAGGCAGACAGACUUUGGGAUGUACGAUUACUUUACAAGGCAAUAUGGAGAUGAGUCUACUCUUGCAUUCCAGAAGGCUCGCUAUAAUUUCAUCCGCAGUAUGGCUGCAUAUAGUCUUCUCCUUUUCCUGCUCCAAAUUAAAGACAGGCAUAAUGGCAACAUCAUGCUGGACAAAAAGGGACACAUCAUUCACAUUGAUUUUGGAUUCAUGUUUGAGAGCUCACCUGGUGGUAAUCUGGGCUGGGAGCCCGACAUUAAGCUGACUGAUGAGAUGGUGAUGAUAAUGGGAGGAAAAAUGGAAGCAACUCCAUUCAAAUGGUUUAUGGAGAUGUGUGUCAGAGGCUAUCUGGCAGUCAGGCCUUACAUGGAUGCUGUAGUCUCGCUUGUUACAUUAAUGCUGGAUACAGGGCUGCCAUGUUUCCGAGGGCAGACAAUCAAGCUUUUAAAACACAGAUUCAGCCCCAACAUGACCGAACGGGAGGCUGCAACUUUCAUCAUCAAGAUCAUCCAGAAUUGUUUCCUCAGCAACAGGAGUAGGACCUAUGAUAUGAUUCAGUACUACCAGAAUGACAUCCCAUACUGAGUGAUGCUAAAGAUUCACUGCUGACGUGACGCGGGCAAUCCAAUGCACUUUCUCUGGACUUUUAAUAAAUAAGAUAUGGUCAAUCACAUCUUACUAUCUUCCACCUUUUUUGUAUGUUUGUGCGCAUGUGGGUACCUGUUUCCUGGACACUACAACAAUCAGUCUGAUUGAUUACUUUCUCUCUAUCAGGUUCUAUUUAUCUUUUUUUCCCUGGAUUUUUGGAGUUGGGCUGCAAUCAUUAUUUAAAAUGGAGAAAAAAAAAAAAAAAAAGAAACAA